GGCUGUGGGAAGGUGGUCCUGGUCGAAAAACACCGUCCAGAAAAGCAACCGACGGGGCCACUUUGCAUGUUUUUGUGUAGCCCCCUUCGCCCUUUAUAACAUCGCCAAAACAAACCACGAAACUCCGGAACUGAGACUAAAUGUUGCCAACAAACGAAGUGAUGGAUUUGACUUGUUCGUCCUCGGGAAUAAAGUUUGGAAACUCCGAGGUGAAAAUGGAGAGCUCAGCUGAGUGAGAGUGGGGUGAGGAGGCUGGAUUUGGCAAAGUUGGGAGUCCUGCCCUGCUGCUAGCAAGCUAGUUAGCAUGCUUAGACACUUCGCUGUCUCGGAUUAAUUAUGAGAGCUUCCCUCUGCUGGUAUCCAGCCUGCGACUCUCCAUGGGAGCUGCUUUAUCUGACCGCUGCUGACGCUGCGGCUUCUACCGAUGGAUUGAAGCUUAGUUGAUGAUCUUAUUUUCUGUGGAAGCUCUACAUGAAUCCUGAAGAUGACAUUGAAUUUCUCCUAAAGGCAACCCAACUUAAACUUGGUUUCGAGAGACUUGAUGCCCCAGGCGCAACACUCGCUUCCCUCCCCUGAGCAAUCCUUUUUGUGCAGUGAGCUUCCAUUCACACUGUGCUCAUGCACUUUUCUCCACAGCAAUCAACAUUUUAAGCCGUCUGAGAUGGGGCCCUGCCAGCUUCUUCAAGGGGCUUGAGGUUUCCCCCCCCAGCUGUCGACAGUGCCGCCUGGCUGUGUGUGUGCAAGACCCAUCGGCACAGGUCUAUAAAAGGAUAUUGCAGCAAAAAAAAAAAAAACAGCCAAUGAUAAAGUACUUGCUUGAGGAGUCGCGACACACAACAUGCUAGCCAAAAUGCAUUCAUGAACGCUUCGACUUUUAAAACUGGACUUAAGUGGAUUUAUUGGUUGUAUUCAUGAACUCUUGACUGCUGAUGCCAGCUCACUGGGACCUGAGCGGGUGUAAAAGCUUUAUUCAUGAACCCUCUUUCUCAGUCUGGGUAUAGCCUGAAAGUUGGAUGCCCUGAUUGUGUUGAAUCAGCUGUUGCGGUGAUGAGGCAGGGCUCCUGGUGGCCUGUGUGGCUGGCUGGGCAGUGGCCCAAGGUGAUGUGAUGGGGUGCAGGAACAGUAAGGUCCUCCCUGAGCCUCCAGGGGAUGUUCAGUUGGACCUGGUAAAAAAGGUUGAUCCUCCCCAACCCCCUCAGACAGAUAUCUUUAAGCACUUCAUACGAGGGGAUGGCACUGGAAGCAAGAUGGGUGGGGCUGGCGGAGGGGGCGGUGACAAGGCUGACUCCACCUCCCCAUAUCAGGCCCAGGCACAAGCUGCUACUCCCACCGCUUCCGCCCAGCCACCCAAGGACCCGUCCGAACUGUCAGACCCUCAGCGGAAGAAAGUGGCAAAAUAUCGAGCCAAGUUUGAUCCUCGGGUCACGGCCAAGUAUGACAUCAAGGCUCUGAUAGGGCGAGGGAGUUUUAGCCGGGUUGUUCGCGUAGAGCACAAGAGUACGCGGCAGCCGUACGCUAUCAAGAUGAUCGAGACCCGUUACCGGGAGGGGAGGGAGGUGUGCGAGUCAGAGCUGUGUGUUCUCCGACGCGUGCGCCAUACCAAUAUAAUCCAGCUGAUGGAGGUCUUUGAGACGGCAGAGCGUGUCUACAUGGUGAUGGAGCUUGCCACUGGCGGAGAGCUCUUUGACCGGAUCAUCGCUCGCGGCUCGUUCACAGAGCGGGACGCCACCCGGGUGCUGCAGAUGGUGCUGGACGGUGUGAAGUAUCUCCACACUUUAGGGAUCACUCACCGUGAUCUGAAGCCGGAGAACCUGCUCUACUACCACCCUGGGGCUGAUUCCAAGAUCAUCAUCACCGACUUUGGUUUGGCCAGCAGCAGGAAGAAGGGAGACGAGUGUCUGAUGAAGACCACCUGCGGCACACCAGAGUACAUCGCGCCUGAGAUCCUGGUGAGGAAGCCCUACACAAACGCCGUGGACAUGUGGGCGCUGGGGGUGAUAUCAUAUAUCCUGCUGAGUGGAACCAUGCCCUUCGAGGACGACAACCGCAUGAGGCUCUACCGACAGAUCCUCAAGGGGAAGUACAGCUUCUCUGGAGAGCCGUGGCCCAGUGUGUCCAACCUGGCCAAAGACUUUGUAGAAAGAAUCCUAACGGUGGACCCCAGCGAGCGGCUCACUGCCGGCCAGGCCCUCAAGCACCCCUGGAUCGUCAGUAUGGCCGCAUCCUCAUCCAUGAAGAACCUACAGCGCUGUAUAUCUCAGAACCUCCUGAAGCGGGCGUCUUCACGGUGCCACAGCACCAAGUCAGCCCAGUCCACACGCUCCAGCCGCUCCACCAAAUCCAACAAAGCUCGGCGGGUGAGGGAAAAGGAGCUGCGCGAGCUGAACCGUCGCUAUCAGCAACAGUACAAUGGCUGAAAUGGUGGCUGUGACAGUCGAUGACUGUAGUGGACCUUAUACUUAUAAGGGAAACAGCACAACAGUAACUGAGCUUUUUCAGUGACUUCCACUCUUCUAAGUUGCUGCCAGUGUUGAAAGCCAGAAUGGCUUUAAGUCUCAAAUCACUGCCUUAAAAAAGAAGGCAAUAACUGGACUAAAUCAGUGGCUACAAGCAAAAGUAAAAUCAAGGUUGAACAGUAACUGAUGCCAGUUGAGACAAUAGAAAAAGUAAAAAAAUUAUCCAUAAAGACAGUGAAAUCAAGGAAUGCCUUUGGCAUUGUGUCUCCAGAUGAGAACACAGAAGGACACACCAGUAAAGUAUUGUACUGCAACGGUUACGUCAUCUCUCCAUCCAUUCCUUCACCUUCUCUUUGGUGGGAUGGUGCCUUCCACUCCUUUCAUUUUGUCUUUCAAUUCCUGUGUCUCUACAUAUUUAUUUAUUAUUGUUGACGUGAUUAUUAGUCUCCAUUCAAAUGGUCACUGGAUAAUGACCUUCCACGAGGAUCUGUUGAACAGAGUUCUGGGUACUGAAGUUUCUAAGAAGAAGGGGAUACUUUUAGAAGUGGGGAAACCAAAUUCCCCUCACUCAUUCCUGAUUAAAAAUUGCUGUGAAUUUAUUAUUGUACUAGUUGUACAGACCUUGUCUGAAGAUAUGGGUGAUGGAAACACACUGCAACAUGACCACACCCCUGAAGGCCAAAAUGAAGGCAUAUUUUUUAUUAUUCAGUUCUAAGCUUAUCUAAUCUUGCCAUUAUUGCUCUGUUAAUAUUAUUGUUCUAAAGCUGUCAAAAGAUUGUGAAGCUGUUUUCUGUCAGUGUUUUAAUCAUAAAUGUAUUGGAUAACAGGCUACACAGCCUUACUCCCAGUUAUUUUACUUCACUCAUGAAGUGUCGGCUAUGAGCCUGUCCUGUUGUAUAGCAGUAUUCAAAUGAUUCAUUAGACUUCAGAAUGGUAUGUCGCCAUUUGAAGUGAAUGGCACAUUUUCUUAGAGCAGCAAUAAAGGCAGAAUUUUAGUCAGAGAGAGCUACUGCUGUUGGUUGUACCAGCUCUUUGUAAGUCCAAACUUAGCCUCGUAAUAAUGUGAGUGUAUACUUAGUGGAGAUGUACGUGAGUAUAAUGGGUUGCACCACACAAACUAGUUCUUAGUAGAGUAGAGAUUAGUUGUUAGUAAAUAUUUACACACAGUAACUAACAGUUUCUAACAGUAAAAUACGAACUGAAUGAAUUAACUGACAGAACUAAUGUUAGCUUGCUAACAUACAACAGAGGUAAAAUUGAAUAUUGUUGACAUGCGGCUGAACACGUCGCCAUGAUGCUGUUUAGUAAUGAUAUUAAAUGGGAAAAUUUUACAAGAAAACAUCAUUAUAGUCAGUAUUUACACCCACCAACGUCCAAGUUGAACUGUUGAGUAGCUAAUCAGCUGCACUCAUUGACAAAACUAAACAUCUGAUGGUGUGUAAAACAAAUAAUAGAUAAUAAUGAAUAACAUUGACAAAUCUGACCCAACAUAAUAUGAAAUGCAGUUUAAUUGAGACUUAAAAUUACAUUUUACAAAAAUACCUUUCAUUAUAAAAUGUGGCAAAAACAACAGACUAGGUAACCUAAUGAUUUUAGCUAGGUUAGCAUAAUCUGACCUUUUCCACUCAUUCAAAACUGCGUGAAUCCCACUAGUACAAAUGCUUAUGACUUUACUAGCAGUUGACUUACACUUUACUAAUGUCUUAGUUUAAAUGGUGCAGCCCUGUCACCAAUUUGACACUGGCUAGUAGUUACUAAACAUGGUUAGUAACUACUAGUUAUUCACGGACUUAUGAAUAGUUGGUGCAACCCAAUCCUGAAGACCUGCCAUCUUUUCUAGCUAGCCUCUGUUCCCACCAGUCUCAGCCAUUAGCAUGCUGUCCAAGUAAUUGUAAAAUUUGAUUUUUUUUUUUUUUUGACAAGGUGUUCAGUUGUUACUAGCAGGUGUAAGGGGUAGUAGAUACCCAUAUAGCACAGAAUAUGGAGGGAAACUCCAUAGCUAGUGGAACACAAGCUACCAAGGAACGGAUGGGACUUUGGCUUUCAGUAUUUUUACAGAGCCUGGGGGUCUGGCAUUGCUCAUUUUCUUCACCUUUCAAUGGUUGCAUAGUACAGUGACUUUAGCCUAGGCAAGUUGUGUCUGAAUCAUCCUAAAUUUCUAUACUCAAGACCAAAAUGAAGGAAACCACUGAAUAUAAUGAGGAGCAUGUAGAGGUAAAUCAAAUUAAUUCAAUGCAUAUAUUUUAAAAACAUGAUGUACAAAUCCUAGCAUAAGCAAAUACACAGUCCUGUGCAUAAGAUUUUUGUUUGUUUGUUUGGAAAGAUCAAUUUUCCCAAGUGCACUUAAUUCAAAAUCAAUUCCAAAGUCCUACGUAGAAAAAAUCUCUAGUUGAUCAAAUCCCCAAUAUCAAUAGUAAAGAAAUAAUUGUUUAUAGUAACACUUUUUGUUCAGGCAGAGUAAAAUGAACAAUAGAUGUGAAUACUUGUUACGGUAAGGGAUUGAUUACAAAUGAUCUUCAGAAAUUUGUUGUGUUUAUUGAUCAUCAUUCACAAAUUGGUCAGAAAAUAUGAUAUUGGAUUUUUUUUUUUUUUUGCCCUGAAGUAACACAAUUCAAAAGAUUCAGGGAAAUUGAUGGGUCUCAUUUUCCUUUGUUUCAUUUAUCUUGCGAAGCACUUCAUGUACAACGUUUAACUGAAUUUUGUUUAUUGGACCUGUUCACUACGUUUUUAUGUGUUUGUCCCUUCAGGAUACUCCCAGAGUAAAUCAGAUGGCACAGUGGGGUCUUUUGUUCUUUAUAUGAAUAUUUUGCUGUGAUCUGCCCCAGAAGUCACAAAGUGUGCUGUUGUUGUGAACUUUUUAACACAUACUGGAAACCUAACCGAGCCAUGUCAGCUGACCUCAGUUUUUCCUUUCAUUUAGUCUUUUGGCCUUUGCUUGUUCCAGGAUGCUCUGUCAUCUUUCUGAUGCUCCUCUUUCCGUUUGCCUUGAUGUAAUUGUACCUUCUGGACUUUUUGUUUUCUUUGUCCCACUGCUGUCGUCUGAUCUGAUAUCUCACCUCUUGGUGGGAGUAAAUUGCUUAUAUCUUGAAGACUGUAAGUGAGACUUACAUUAGAACUGGUAUCGGUACACUCAAAUCUUUACUCUGUGUACAUUGAGACACUCUAUCCAAAUGUGUCUUUUUAAUAUCAAAUUCAAAUAUGCGCUUGAAAGGUGGAUUUAAAAAAAAAUCAUUUUUUCCUUCUUCACAGAGAAAAUACCUGUGGGCAUGUUUAAAGACAGAUUUUGGUAUCACUUAAAAGUAUCAUACUUUCUCCAACAUAAAGUAUAAUGAGGUAGCCAUAAUUCUGGUCAUUAGUUCACUGAUUUCUUCUAAAGUAUAGUGUCUUUGUGAAAUAAACACUUUUAACCUGCUUUGAAAUGUCAGAUGUAAGAAUCACAAUCACAAAAUAAUUAUUUGGACUCAAAGGAAUUGCAGAGGUUGAAUCAAUCUGCAGCAUUGUCGAGUGCCUGUUGUGUACCAUGUUCAAUGAAUAACCAAAUCAGUGCAUUAGCAGUUUUGCAGAAUGUCAGCACAUUUUCAUGUUUUUAUAUAUACAUGUGUGAUUUUAUAUAAAUGCUGUCCUAAAUGAAGUAGCCAACUCAACACUGUUACCUGAAAACAGUUGUUCAUCUUUUGUUAUGUGUGUGUGUCAAAAUGAAUAACACUUUGAUUCUUCUACCAUUAACUUUUUUUAUUUUUUUAAACGGUGAGAUGUAUGUGCCAAUAAAACACCAGA